CUUCGCGGAGCUCGCUGCCGUGCACGGGGCUCGGAAGAUGGAGGACUACGGGCGGUUCUUGACGCUGCUGGUCUCGGCGCUGCUGGUCGGCUUCGUGUCCGUAAUCUUCUCCCUAGUCUGGGUCUUCCACUACCGCGAAGGACUGAGCUGGGACGGCAGCGCAGGGGAGUUUAACUGGCACCCCGUCCUCAUCAUCACCGGCUUCGUCUUCAUCCAGGGCAUCGCUUUUCUUUGGUUUCGCUGUCUUUCUGCUCCCUUUUGCUCCAGUUUCUCUCCGGCAGGCAGCCAUGAUACAUGUUUAUUCGGGUCUUACCAUCUUUGCAACCGUGAUUGCAACAGCUCUCAUGGGAUCACAGAAAAGCUUAUAUUUUCCUUGCGCAGUAAUCCUGCGUACAGUGAAUCCCACCAGAGGCAACUUUUGUCAAUUGUCCUUGGUCUUUUGCUUGUCAUAUUUGGUAUAUUUAUUUUGUGGAUGGCAAGCAGGCCCUAUUGGAAGCGUCCCCCAGAAGAGAAUUUAAAACUCUGCUGCCCCACUGGAGGGACUCCUGAAGGCACAGAAGCAGAAUCCGCGAUGACAGACGGUGGCAAUGCAGAUAAAUCUGAUCUGAGGAUCAAUAGUGAAGCAGCCAGAAAACAAAACAUUAAACUUGAUGAAGCAGGCCAACGAUCAACUAUGUAAAGACAAUACACAGAAUAACAGUACUGUUAUACUGCCAACCCGCCCCUCCCUCACCCUGUUUCCUUAUGAUUUAGUUAUAUUGAUCAUAUAAAUUAAGUUGUGGUUUUAUUUUCUGUAUGGCUUGCUCAAAGAUAGUCAAGUUUUCUGCAUAUGAUUUAAAUUUCAGUAAGUCCCAAACAUAUUAUAUGGGUUCAUGCUCAGACCUCAUUUAAAAAAUGAGAGUGUGAAUGACAUAACAGGAGAAUCACGUAAAUUGGAGAAUGUUUUCCAUAUCACUUUCUUAGUUUAAUGCUUAUACCUCUUAUAGUCAUGACAAGUUAACAAGAUUGAGACCUAAAUAUUGCUCUGAGUGAUUUUGCAUGUUUAUGAAUCAGGAGUCAUGAAGCAUAUCUGACAGCAGAAGUUAGUUGGUCACACAUAAUUUUUCUGGUAAUCUUCAUGUUUUGAAAGUCCUAAUUUCUCAAGUUGAGAAACCUUCUCCUCAGUAACUUCUAAGAUUUUGAGGUAAUUCGUUCCACUUAGCAGAGUGCACCAUAAAAAUGUUUGUCUUAUUUGGAAAGAUAUAGGAAACACACUUAAAAAAUAUGCAUCACUUAAACCAAGUCUUCCUUUUAUCCCAGAAGGGCAGCAUUUUCCUAUCUUUAUUUGAUUGCACAGUUCUAUUGAUUUAUGGCACUAGACUAGAAAUUAGGAGCAGAGAAGAAAAGCAGAGAAGACUGCUAGCAGUCUCACAGAAAAAAGGAUCUUGAAGUGAGAAAUGUUUCCUCCAGGAAACAGCUGAGCUUUGCUGAUUUGAUUAAAUGCUACCUGUUAACUGAAAAGCCAGUUUUUCGUUAUCUUCACACUGGUGUCAAAAUCAUCACUGUCAUGGGCAUGUAAGACAUAUUUUUAGUCUAUAAGCAAACUAUAUAAACUCUAUGACUUUUUUAUUUUGAAAUUAAAUUGUUAAAUAAUGCAGUUUGAACCUCUACUGGCACUUUACUUUAUAGCUCUUCCUAGUAACCGGAGUAUAAUGUAUUACGGUCAUUUCAUAUUUUCACAGAUAUAAGCAAUAUUUUGUAUUUUUUACUACUACAGAAGAAUAAUUAUAGUAGAUUAUUUUGAUUGCACAUGCCCAAAAGGAUGAACCUUUCUAUUAUAAUCUCUUGUAAAAGCUGCAGAGCCCACUGCAAGUCCAAAUUUACCACUGUUCAUGUUGCAAUAUAGAACAGUUUCAGACAGCAUAUAAUUUCCUAUUUUUUUUUAACUACAUAAAUUUUUAUCUACUUCAGCUUUUUUAAAAUGUUUAAACACAUUCAACUUUAGGAAAAUAUGCUAUUUUUGUAGUUCAGUGUUGUAUUAGUACAAUUUUGAUCAUGAGUUCUUUUCGAUCUUCACUUACAAGAAACAUCUGUUAUUUGAUUUGUAAUAACAUGUUGAUCAUUUGGUGAAUGCAGUAUAGAAGCUAGCACAGUGAAUUAUUUGAAAAACUCUUCUGCAGUACCAUUUGGUACUCAAGGACUACAUCCUAGAGUUCUAUGUUUUCACCUACAUAUGUUUGUGGAUGGCUGGGACCCUACCUAGCAUUGUGUUGAAUUGUUUCAUUUAAGAAAAUGUCUGCUUUUAAAUGCCUUAGUGUAAAACUCAGGUAUGACAGGAGGAAUACUAAACUAUUGUGUGAGCACUCCUCCAGUCCCUCCAUGAGCAAUGGAUCAGACAGCUUUUCCCCUGUUUUUCAAGUUCCACACAGUUACCUGUCUUCCCCAAAAUUGUUCUGUGCAGCAUCAGCAUUGUCGUGGUUUAGACCCAGCUGGUAAUUCAGCACCACGCAGUCGUUCGCUCACUUCCCUGACUCCUCCUGCUCCCAGUGGGAUGGGGAGGAUGUAAAGAACUUGUAAACCCCACGGAUUGAGAUAAGAACAGUCCAAUAACUACAGUAUAAUACAAAACCACUAGUACUACCACCAGUAAUAAUAAUAAGGGAAAUAACAUGGGAAGAAAAUAUAAAACUAAAGGGGAAAAGGGGAAAAAACCCAAUGAACAUAAGGGAUGCACAAUACAAUUGCUCACCACCUGCUGACCAAUAUCCAGCCCAACCCAAGCAGUGACCUGAUCCUUCCGGGUAACUCUCCCCAGUUUACGUACUGGGCAAGAUGUGCUGUGGUAUGGAAUACCCCUCUGACUAGUUUGGGUCAGGUGUCCUGUCACUGCCGCCUCCCAGCUGCCUGUGCCCCUCCUCACUGGCAGAGCAUGAGACUGAAAAGUCCUUGAUCGGAGUAAGCAUUACUUAGCAGCAGCUAAAACAUAGGUGUGUUAUCAGCAUUGUUCUCAGACUAAAGCCAAACACAGCACUGCACCAGCUACUAUGAAGGAAAAAAAACCUUACAGCUGAAACCAGGACAAGCAUAAAAUCCAAAUAGUACUGAUAGCAGCUUUCUCAGAGAAAAACAAGAGCACUUGUUUUACAUUACGUUAGUGCUCAACUGACAUGACCUGAUUAUGUUAUGCAUCCUAUUACAAUUACAAAUUUAUAUAUUGAACAUUAAGUAGGAAGAGGGAUUUGCAGUAGUUUCUGGAGAACACUAAACUCCGCUGUUGUCUUCUGAUCUCAUUAUAUUUUGCUCAACAAGCCUGCUUUUUGAUUAAAUCAGUAAGCAUCUUACAGCUGGUGGAUGCAUGUUUAGUCUUUGUGAGAGAUGCUCUAUUAAUACUUUUGAAGUAUAUCAGAUUAAAUGAAUAAAUGAACUCAGCUGUUCUAGUAAUUUACUAUGCUAGCUUUCUCUACACACACAGACAACAGCAUUCUAAGUUGGUAUGUACUGGCCUGUUACCGUGUCUCAUCCACCUGUGAAAAUGAGCUCUUUCAAUCCUUGCCUAGUACCCAGUGUGUGGAAGGUAGUCACUUAUCUAAGAACUGUUGUGGAAGAAAAUGUCUAGGAUAUUGGGAAAAAAAUCACAAAAUCUGUGAUUUCUUUUGUUAUGGCACUAACUUGGAUGUAUUGAAAUCAACAGCUUUUGGGUGAAUGGUUCUAUAUGCUGUUAAAGUUAAGCUAUAGUACCAGUAUGUCUUGUGUUCUACGUUUUAUUCCAUGUACAGUUUAAGGUAAUGAUACUUGAAAAAGAAUGGUGGCAUUUCUUUAUCCCUCUAUUCUGAUGAUACAAAACUAACUGAAAAUCAAAGCUUGGCAACCUUUUGAGGAUACUCCGCCAGAGUAUAUUUUUGGUUUUCAACUGUGAGGUUAAAUGUGAUAGUAGAAACUCAGUGGGAUCUGGAAGAUUCCAUUCUGGAAAAUUAUCAUCAUCAGUGGUUAUCUCCUGUGUAUGAGCUGUGGGCUUCUAGCUGCUUUGGUCUUUGGAAGGUCCCUAUGAGAUGCAAUAGCUGGGAGCUCCUAAACCUUGCUCAACUUUGGAGUGUACAAUUUAAAACAGAUUCAACGUGCUAUAGAUUUUUGGCUUCUGUUCUGAACUGAUUAAAAAGUUCUUUAAGUAUCCUUGCAACAUAGGAGGUUAGUUCAAGUCCUAAGUAAAAAUACAAAGGACUUUGCUUUGGAGACCAAUUUUCAGUGGGGGAAAAAACAUAUUCCCAAAGCUGCUUCUCAGAGUGGCCUUCCAUUAACUUUCCUUUUGUGCAACUUUUCUUACAUGUAUUAUGGGUAAUAGUAGCCACAUAAGAAAUAAAAAAGUAUAUUUUCAAAGAUAUAAAUGGAAGGUAUAACUCCAGCUUUUUUAUCAGGAUUUUUCUGCAUGUUUGGAAAUCUUCUACAUUGGUGUAUUUACAGGGAUAUGAUUGUAGAGCUCACAUUCCAAGUCUGGAUUCCUAUAAAAACAUAUGAAGUUACAAAACCUAACAUUAAAAGUGCUAUCUUUUUAAGAUGCCUGAAAAAAACAUUAAAUGUAAUUACCUGCUGUCAUGCAGUUCUGUGCACAGCAGCAGAACAGUGUUUUCUCCAACAUUAAUGAAACUGAGAAAUGAUGGUGCAAAUUAGAUUUUAAAGUUGAAUGUACAGUAAUUACUGUACACUACUUACUUCAUGUAACCGAAAAGAUUGCAUAUGAUAUUGAAAAUAGGAUAUUGUAAAUAUGGAUUACUUAUUUACAUGGAUAUUUUAUUGAAAGACUAAAAGAUAUUGCCAAAUUUUUCUGUUUCAGAACUCUUUCUUCUGCUUCUGUUUCAAAAAAAUUCGCUCCUCUGUUUCAAACCGUUCACAAGAAUCCAAAGAAUUAUUUUAUUGUUUUGUUACUCGCGAUACUUACUUGUAGAUGAAAGCAAAUGUUUAAUUACAAUGUCUAUUUUCCUUAUUCUUUUUGUAUGUUAAUAAAAAUGGUUUUUCAAGCUUA